AUUUAUUUAAACUAUGGCAAAAGAAAGAUCUAAGAACAAUCUAAAUUCGCCUUUGUUCGGGAUUGGAGUUCAUAAAGGUUAUGUACUGGUUUCUGGAGGUGGUGGUGGAAAGAACUAUGGUCUCCCAAACUCCUUGAGAGUUUAUAAGAACCAACUUCCAUUAGAAAACCCAGUGUGAGAAGUAGAUUUUGAUACAGAGCUUCUGUCCCAAUUUGAGAUGGCAAACAAUGGUCUUGAUUAUAUAGUGGGAGCUAUUAGCAAAUUUGCGGCCAUCUUCUCUAUCAACUCUAAAUCUGGAGAAGUAAGCGAAAUUGACAGAAUAGAAGCUGAUUUUCAUGAGAAAGAACCAGAAGUCACUAAAACAAGAUGGUCACAAGAUAAUAAAAUUAUCAUAUCAGGAGGAGAAGAAGGAAUCUUGAGAGUAUUUAAAGUCAACUUUGCUGCCCCAAAUCAGGUCUCUGGUUUUGAACUUACUAACGAGCUAGGACAACAUAGUGAAGGAAUUACAGACAUCUCUAUUAACUCUGACAAUUCCUUAGUUGUUUCUGCCUCCACAGAUAAAACUUGCCGGAUUUAUACUCUCAAGGAUGAAAAAUGCAUCAAGAGAUUAUCAUUUAGUGAAGGUAUUGGAAUGGAGAAUUUAAAAUUCAAAGGAUCUUUAUUCUCACCAGAUUCAAGAUUCCUCUAUGCACUUGCUACUAGCUUUAAAGGAAGAAGUUAUUUAAUAAAAUGGGAUGCAAAGUCUGAGAAUUUUGAUCCUAUUGACACAACACCAGUCCACACUGGACCUUCAUGUGCCUUCGAUCUCAGCUCUGAUGGAAGUAAUGCAGCUAUUGGAACUAAUAAUGGACAUGUAGUUGCUGUCAAUGCUAAUUCAAUGAGUGUCUACAGAAGUGAGAAGAAGCAUAAAAUGCCAAUUACUAAUAUCUGAUUCAAUCCUAAUGGGACUACGAUAUUAUCAGUUUCAGGAGACCAUACCUACGAAGUAACCCAAAAUCGCUCCCAAUCUAGCUGAUGUGGAUUAUUCAUCAAGUUAUGAUUCUUCCUAUUGCUCAUUGGUGUACUCUUCUAUGUAUACAAAGGGUAGAUACCCAGUCAACUUGGUUAAAAUAGUUGGAUUAGUUAAUUUCA